CAUCAAACAAACCACCCAGUUAUUUGCUGUCGUAUAAACUCACGCAAUGCUGCUCGUGUCACACUCCGCGCUGCUGUCUUGCCGAUUAAAACAAUGAGCAGAGACAAUAUUUUGCAGCAACGGAAGUAUCUCACAGGUAGGAUAUUUUUUCUCACAUUCUUUUGCCCACGCAGCAACCGUUCCCAGCCGCUCAAAAUCUCUCCGGAUUUCUUACCAGUGAGAUCUCCCUCUGGGGAGGCCUUCGCUUCUCAGUACGUCUUGUACUCGGGUCUUUGAAGGGGCUGUGCCAUGUUGGACGGGUCACUGGCGGCAGGCUCUCGGGUCUGUUGCGGGUGAUGAUCUCUGCUGCAAGAAUAGAACACUCAUGGGCCAUCAUAGUCCGCGUCUCUGCCGUUUAUCGGACUUUUACAGAGAGGAGGCUCCAAGCGACCCGACAUUUUUGACUUGAUCAUAUCUCAUCGUGAAUGGCUGAGUGUGAGAAUCUCUUCCAGCGCUUUUCGACUCUGUAGGCGUGGUCCAUCGGUGUUGUGAUUUGCGCCGUUGUGGGGUGCUUUGCUGGUGGAACGAGAUUAGCCAGCACCAUUUGGCCAACUACGUCAUCGUCAACUGGCGAUGCCAUGCACUGAGCAACCGCUCUCUUCACACCAGAGUACUCGUAAAAAAGACAACUGUGGCUACUAGGCUGUCUGUUGCUCCGUAUCUCGCAAAUUGUUCAUCCCAUCAGCAUCCACCCACAAUGGGAUCCCAAGGCAAGCCGUCGUCCAAAUUUGAGAGUCUUCCCUUGUCAACAAGCGGGCCGCUAGAAUGCGCGCUCAAGGGCACCGUCCUACUCACCCAUCCAUACUUCAACAAGGGCUCAGCCUUCACCCACGAAGAGCGUCGAGACUUUGAACUUGCUGGGCUCCUGCCCCCAAGCAUCCAAACGCUGGAGCAGCAGGUCCAACGGGCGUAUGAACAGUACAGCGCGCAUCCUGAUGAUCUUUCCAAGAACACAUUUUUGACCUCGAUGAAGGAACAAAAUGAGGUGCUCUACUUUAGGCUGCUCCACGAUCACCUGCCCGAGAUGUUCAGCGUAGUAUACACGCCCACAGAAGGUGACGCCAUCCAGAACUACUCGCGUAUUUUUCGGCGUCCAGACGGAGUGUUUCUCAACAUCAACGAUGCCGACCGUGUUCACCAUGAUCUUUCACUUUGGGGCACCCCAGAUGAUAUUGAUUAUAUUGUCGUCACGGACGGGGAGGAGAUUCUGGGAAUUGGGGAUCAGGGUUGCGGUGGCAUUCUGAUCUCAAUCGCAAAGCUUGCACUCACGACACUUUGUGCUGGUGUCCAUCCUAACCGUGUCCUACCCGUAGUCCUGGAUUGCGGGACAAACAACCAGGAUCUGCUAGAUGAUCCAUUGUAUCUUGGACUCCGGCACAAGCGAGUGACGGGCAAGCGUUAUGACGACUUUGUUGAUACAUUUGUCAAGUCGGCGCGGGAGCUGUAUCCGAAGGCUUACAUCCAUUUUGAAGAUUUUGGGUUUGACAAUGCACGGAGACUACUCGAAAAGUACCGCCCGGAGAUUCCUUGCUUCAACGAUGACGUCCAAGGUACCGGCUGUGUAACACUUGCCGCCAUUUUUUCCGGUCUGCAUGUCACAAAGCAGAACCUAGAAGAUCUUCGCAUGGUGGUAUUCGGCGCUGGAACGGCGGGCGUUGGCAUCGCUGAUCAGGUCCGUGACGCCAUCGCUACAGAACGAGGCAUCAGUAAGGAAGACGCAGCAAAGCAGAUCUGGCUGAUUGACAAACAAGGGCUACUGACUACCGGAAUGGAAUCACUGUCAGAGACUCAGAAGCCCUUUGCAAGGUCUGAAGAUGAGUGGAGUGGAAAGGACAGAGAUCUGUUGGCCGUGGUCAGAGAAGUCAAGCCAAACGCGCUGAUCGGAACAUCCACAGUCCCCAAAGCGUUUACGGAGGAGAUCGUGCGCGAGAUGGCCUCACAUGUCGAGCGCCCCAUCAUCCUUCCGUUGUCGAAUCCGACGCGCCUACACGAAGCUAUCCCUGCUAAUUUGCUAAAAUGGACAGACGGAAAAGCUCUGGUAGCAACUGGAAGCCCGUUCAAACCUAUUAAAGGACCAUGGGGUCAAGACGGACAAGAGGUCGAGAUCGAGGUUGCCGAGUGCAACAACAGUGUCGUGUUUCCAGGCAUUGGUCUCGGGUCUGUCCUGUGUCGCGCUCGGCUUGUUACAGACAAAAUGCUGGUUGCAGCGGUGGGAGGGGUGGCAGAGCUGAGCCCGGCUCUGAAGGACGAUACUGAGCCAUUGUUGCCCGGUGUUGAGGUCGUGAGGGAUGUCAGUGCAAGAGUGGCCCGCAAGGUGAUUCAGGCAGCUCUGGAGGAGGGUGUUGCAACAGAACAGGGUAUUCCAGAGAAUGAGGACGAUCUUGACGAGUGGAUCGAGGAGCAAAUGUGGAAGCCCGUGUAUCGACCGCUCAAAUUUGUGGAAAAGGAGGGAGCUACAAGAGAGGCAAAGGGUGAGAUGAGGGUUGUUGGAAGUCUGGCAACACGCGACUGAUGGCUGCAUUGAGCGGUCGCUUGUCUCGGGAAAUGUAGGACUACUGUAAGAGUCACGAUUAAGCCCCUAGAAGAGAGAAUCACCUGGAUAUAAAGAAGCUUGAUCAUAGGCAGCUUGCCCUUCACUUGGUG